AUGAAAAGAGUCAGUCCAUUGGGGUCCGUACGAAGAGAUAAAAGUGGUAAAGCUUCGCACUAUAAAUCACAAGUAUCAAUGUCCACCCCUGAGAAGUCUCCAAAUCGAUCUGUAUCGGCAGAAGAAAGGAGUGAGACCAGCAGUGAAGGUAGAAGUCCUCACAAGAGCCCUAUGAAACAAAGAGAAAAGUUGUCCAAUAAAAGAAGCUCGAGUCCUUUGAAGAAACAAAGAAACCAGAAGCCUAGCCAUGACAGCCCAGAGACAAGAGAUGAAGCAGAAGAAACUUAUUCCAGAGAAAGAAGAGAUCCUAAAAUGAAUUCAUCCCAAAAGAUAUCAAAACACUCCCCCGCUAGUAAGAGGAAAGGUUCAUCUGCAAAAUAUGGUGACGAGGAUGCAUUCUCUCCUGAAAGGGUUUCAGGUCAUCUGGCUCCUGAACAUAACAAUGACUGGAGUAAGAAAGGCAGGGAGAUAAAACGGGAUAAAUCUUCUGGAAAAGUCAAUGAGUUUCCUACUCAACAAAAGCCAUUAGUGAACAAGGAAACUUUUUCCAGGGAUAAGCCUCAUGAAUCCUAUGCUGUAGAUAUUAAAAAAUCAGAUGACAACCAAUCCCGUUCAAACUAUGCCAAAAGUGGUGAUCGGCACCACAAAUCCGAAGCCACUCAAGAUUUAGUUGGGAAAGAUGAUCGUGUCAAUCAGAGUUAUUCAUAUGAUUCUGUUUCUGAGGAAAGUGGUAAACAUAGACGAGAGGGAAAGGACAGGAGAAAGCACAAAAGGUCUGAGAAAAAAUAUGCAUCUUCUGAUGAGGAUUUUAGUUAUGAUUCGGAGUUAGAAGGCAGGAGAGAGGCUAAGAAGAGGAAAAAAGAGGAGAAAAAGUUGCGGAAGGAGGAAAAGCGGAGAAGACGGGAAGAGAGGCGUCGCAGAAGAGAAGAACGGCGCAUGGAGAAGCUGAAAAUGAAGAGUAAAACAGACAACAUUUCAGAUGAUGAGGAAGCUGAACGAAUGGAUUAUCAUCAAAGUGAUGGUGAAGAGACACCAUCUGAGCAAAAGAAGCUUGAGAUUGAAUUACGGAACAAGGCUCUUGAAUCCCUCAAAGCAAAGAGGGGCAUGAAUAACUAA